AUGGCGCCCAAGAACCGCAUUAUCAUCGAUACCGACCCAGGCGUCGACGAUAUCAUGGCCCUGUUGCUGGCCCUCAGCGCCUCACCUGAGGACCUCGAGGUUGCCAUGAUCUCCGUCACAUACGGCAACGUGCCGCUGCAAAGUUGUCUCCGCAAUGUCGUGGCCCUGUUCCAUGUUCUGGAGAAGGAAAUGGCGUGGCGCGAGUCUGUCGGCAAGCCCGUUUAUGGCGCGUUGAAUGCCUAUAAGCCGAUCGUAGCGGUUGGCCCUGAACACCCGCUUUUGGUCGAAGAGCUCGUGGCCGACUACUUCCAUGGUUCUGAUGGGCUGCAUGGUGUCCAUGAUGCGCACCCCCAUCUGUCCCCAGCCGAUACAUGGAAGACGCUAUUUGAGAGUCUCCCCAGCGAGGCGACUGGCUCUUCCGCCGAGCCGCCCUCCUUCUCAAGAUAUUUUACCCCGAGCAAGAUACCGUCUCAUCUGGAGAUCCUCCGCAUCCUGAAAGAGGAGCCUGAGAACACCGUCACCAUCGUCGCGGUCGGGCCCCUUACUAACAUUGCGCUGGCCGCGUCCGAGGACCCGGAAACGUUCCUCCGUGUCAAGGAACUUGUGGUCAUGGGAGGCGCGGUCGGAGUCGAGGGCAAUGUCACCCCCUGUGCCGAGUUCAACUGCCUUGCCGAUGCGUUCGCCGCCGCCCGUGUCUACGCUCUCACUUCGCUCACCCCUUCGUUCACCAUGCCGCCCAACAUCCCAGGCAAACCCGACCUGCCCCCCUAUCCCGCAAAGCUGUCGCGCCAGCUAAAGCUAACCCUCUUCCCGCUCGACAUCACCACCUCCCACGAGCUCAAGAAGCAAGGGUUCAACGCCAAGAUCCAGCCCCUCAAGGAAGCCGGUAGCCCGCUCGCGCAAUGGACCGACACCUUCGUGAACGGCACGUUCAACAAGAUCGACUCGAUCCUCGGCGACGGCCACGACGCCGGCCUCUCGCUGCACGACCCCCUGACCAUCUGGUACAUGAUGACACACGACCACCCGGGGUGGAAGCCGGUGCCUAAGCCUGAGGACAUCCGCAUCGAGACGACUGGCCAGUGGUCUCAGGGCAUGCACAUCGUUGACCGGCGCCAGCGGGCGAAGCCUACCGACCAGGACACCACCGUCCAAACGCACCCGGAGGACCCUAUCGAUGCGGUCACGUUGGACGAAGUGCCUGGCGACCACCUGGGGUGGUUGAGCGUGCGCAAGGGUAACAGGAUCAACCGAAUGGUUGAGUCGCCUGGCUGGGAUAAGUUUGCUGGUGUCCUUCUCGACCAGAUUUUCGCAUGA